AUGGAUCAACUUCAAACGUCACUCGUAAAACCUAUUUUCUUCCAAACGAUGAAAUGUGUGUUGUUAUCGAAAAUCAAGGAAAACCCACAAUUUCCACAUGUUUCAAAAAUACUCACAGCUGGUGGGGAGUAGACCAAUGGUUGACCCAUGGGUGACCAAUGAAUUUUCACCCGCCGUUGACCAAUGAUGUACCAGUGGGUUAGACCCAUGGUUGACCAAUGACGAGUAGAAGCUACAGUCCUCCACAUAAUCUUAGCCUCACCCCCAAAAUUUUCGAAAAAUCGAAAAUUUGAUUUUUUUCAGAAAAAGUUGGCAUAGUCAAAAUAUGUCAAAAGGUGAUACAUAAAUGUACCCUACUUCGAAUUUCAGAUAAAAAUGAGGCUGAAAAAAAAGUUGACUUUUUUGAAAAAUAGGUCUUUUCACUUUCCACAUAAUCUUAGCCUCACCCUAAAAAAUUGCUGGAAUUUCAGGUUUUUGGCUUGAAAUGAGUUUGGAAUGAGGCUGAAAAUGAUAGUUAAAUCAAUUUCAGAUAGAAUUGAGCUGUAAUCAAUCACUAUUGAUUGAUUAACAGUGACCGAGAGCGCUGAUAGUGUGAAGACUUCCAUAAAAACAAGUUUUUAGUCGAAGUUGGUCCAAAAUUCGAUUAUUUCGAGCUUAAUUUUUAGAAAAUUGAUAGAAAACACUUUUUUCAACAUAAUCUGUCAAAUUCUGACCCGAAUUGCAAAAAAUUUUGAAUUUUAGCUGAUUUUUCGAAAAUUUAAAAAAUUUUUUGAACCAAAAUUUUUGAGUUUCAGCCAAAUUUCCGACAUUUUUCUGAGUUUUCCAGUUGGAUAUUCUGGAUUCUACGAAAACACGUUAAUUCUGAUAAUUUUUCGAAUUCUGACACUCAGAAAUUCAAAAAUGGAGUAAGAAUCAGGUGAAAGACUGAAACCUGACUUUGAUGAAUUUUUGAAAAUUUUUUAACCCAACAUUGAGGAGCUUUCCUGGUUGAACAUUUGGACACAAAUUGUUUAAUUGAAGUCAGUUAUUGGUUUUUGUCAGUUUUUCAACCAUUAUCACACAUUUAAGCUGAAAUUUUCAGUAAAUUACAAGAAUAAACUGUUUUUCUCAAAAUUGAUCUGAAACUUUGGAUCAGAUAUGACCGAUAUCUCACAAUUUCAGAGCGCCUAAUCGAAGAAUAAGCUUAUUUCAGAUGUAAGAGAUCAGUAUCUUGCCUGAACCAGAAUAUCCAACUGGAAAACUCAGAAAAAUGUCGGAAAUUUGGCUGAAACUCAAAAAUUUUGGUUCAAAAAAUUUUUUAAAUUUUCGAAAAAUCAGCUAAAAUUCAAAAUUUUUUGCAAUUCGGGUCAGAAUUUGACAGAUUAUGUUGAAAAAAGUGUUUUCUAUCAAUUUUCUAAAAAUUAAGCUCGAAAUAAUCGAAUUUUGGACCAACUUCGACUAAAAACUUGUUUUUAUGGAAGUCUUCACACUAUCAGCGCUCUCGGUCACUGUUAAUCAAUCAAUAGUGAUUGAUUACAGCUCAAUUCUAUCUGAAAUUGAUUUAACUAUCAUUUUCAGCCUCAUUCCAAACUCAUUUCAAGCCAAAAACCUGAAAUUCCAGCAAUUUUUUAGGGUGAGGCUAAGAUUAUGUGGAAAGUGAAAAAGACCUAUUUUUCAAAAAAGUCAACUUUUUUUUCAGCCUCAUUUUUAUCUGAAAUUCGAAGUAGGGUACAUUUAUGUAUCACCUUUUGACAUAUUUUGACUAUGCCAACUUUUUCUGAAAAAAUCAAAUUUUCGAUUUUUCGAAAAUUUUGGGGGUGAGGCUAAGAUUAUGUGGAGGACUGUAUUUUUUUAUUUAAUGAUAAAAAACCUUUUCGGUUUUUCACUGAAGAUUACAAAAUUUAUCUCAAGCCUGUCAAUACGUUUCCCAGAGAUACCUUUAUUCUCACAUGCGCACGUAGCUGAAGAAAACUCGCGAAACUUUCACUUGCCAGAUGAAAGCCGCCUAUUUAUGUUUUGACAGCAGCGGACGCUUGGCGGGUUGUGCAUGCCACCACUGUUUGUGUGGGAGUGGGCGGAGCCUAUCCUUUCAACGCGUUUUUUAUCAAGAAAAAAUAAGAAAAAAUGAAUUUUAAAAUUUCCGAGUAAUUUUGAGAGUAGGAGUGGGGGAAGGAACCAGGUUUUAUGUUGGUUUCACAUUGGCUUAGAAAAAACCCGAGUCCGGUCAGGUCUAAGUCAGAAACUGGGCCAAAAAUCCGGGUUAGCAAUGUUUUUUUUGGGAAAAAGAGAAUUUAUUUUCAUUUUUCUACUUGAAAUAACGAAUGUAUGGUAAUUUUCAUGCGAGAACAACAAGACCGCCAGGUUUUAGGCUUCAAUUUUGGCCUGAUUGAAAAUUCAUCCAGUUGGAUUUAAAAUGAGGCCCGAAAAUAUUUCCAACGUCUAUUUGACGGUUAUAUACAACACUAAAAGCAAUAAUAAGCCGAAAAACAUAUCCCUUGUAGAUUUUAAAGCGAAAUUUGUAUGUUCUUUGAACUUGUCAAAUUUGGUCCAUCAUUGACCAAUUUCGUGAACCGCCAUUGACCCAUCGUUGACCAAUGAACAAUUUUUGACCCAUCGUUGGUCCACCAUUGACUAAUUUUCUCGAUUGGUCAACCAUGGGUCAACCAUUGGUCUACUCCCCACCAGCUGUGACUGGAGGAUGGCAGAAAUAUUUUCAAAAGUUCCCAAUUACUAAUACAACUCCAGAUCUUCAAAUUGCAUCUGCUGAUUUUGCGCGAAGAAUUGGUCUUCAAAAGAUCACUGUUAAUAUUGUUGAUUCAACUGGAAAAUAUGAUGCGGAAAAAUAUGGAAGUGCUAAUAACGACGCGGAAUAUUAUCAAAAUAUGAUUGCACUUCUUUUGAAGGAUCUUUCCGGAUGA